AACUUCGACCUUAAAGCCGUGAGCGAGCGGAAGAAAAUGGGUACAAAUUAGUUAACUAGAGCGCAAGAUGGCUAGCGAUGAGUUCAGGUUGGUGUCACCUGCAAUAAACCACGAAGGAAAGUUUCCCAGGAAGUAUACAGAGGAAGGUCAAGGUGCUUUGAAAAAUAUAUCUCCGCCACUGGAAUGGUACAACGUGCCCGAUGGAACCAAGGCCCUGGCUCUUGUGGUUCAGGACAUCGAUGCUCCGGACCCAAGUGAUCCGAUUGUGCCAUGGACGAUAUGGGUGGUAGCGAACAUUCCUCCGACAUUGAAGGGUCUUUCCGAGGGUUUCUCUGGGAAGGAAGAGGAAGUGGGUGGUGACUACGCUGGAAUCAAAGAAGGGUACAAUGACUAUAAGGUCCCAGGUUGGCGAGGGCCCAAGCUGCCCUCCCAUGGCCACCGCUUCGAGUUUAAACUCUAUGCUUUGGAUGAUGAUCAGCUCCAUCUUGGUAACAAGGUCACGAAAGACAAGCUAUUGGAUGCAAUUCAAGGGCAUGUGCUGGAAGAAGCUGUCUUGAUGGCCGUUUUCUAAUGAUCUAUUAAUUAUGCAGCGUCUUUAAUUUUGACUCGAGUAUCUUUCUCCCUAACGUGAGAUUAAUAAACCUUUUUUUUAAUAUUCGCA